AUGGGCAUUUCGGAGUACAUGGUCAUUGGACGGCACUUGCCGACGGAGAGGGAGCCCGUUCCUCCUCUGUACCGCAUGCGCAUCUUCGCCAAGAACGAGACGGUGGCCAAGUCGCGUUUCUGGUACUUUGUGCGUCAGCUCCGUAAGAUGAAGAAGGCUACGGGUGAGAUUGUGACGGUGAACAAGAUUCAAGAGAAGACGCCGACGAAGGUGAAGAACUUUGGUAUGUGGAUGCGUUACAACUCGCGGUCGGGUACGCACAACAUGUACAAGGAGUUCCGUGCGCUGAGCCGUGCGGAGGCUGUUGAGCAGAUGUACCAGGACAUGGCUGCUCGUCACCGUGCCCGCUUCGGCAGCAUUCACAUCCUCAAGGUAGCUGAGAUUGACAAUGUGGCUGACCUGCGCCGCCCGUAUGUCAAGCAGCUCACGAGCAAGAACCUGCGCUUCCCUCUGCCUCACCGUCGCUCGCACUCGAAGGGCAUCUACGCCGGCAAGCGCCCCGCUACGUUCUACUAA